AAUUGGCAAAGUUGAGCCCCAAAAUGCAUCAGAUUCUUUCCUCCCUUCGAGAAGUACUGUGAUCCAUCAUGAAAAUCACCAUUGCUUGUCUUAUUGCGAGCUUCUUGCUCAUCAACUGCAUCGGCGUCUCUGAGGGAGGUUGUGGUUGCCCCACUAAAUCAACGACAACUCGUUGCACGAAGGCACCCACCAAAUGCCCCACAAUACCCACUCGUAGACCUACACCACCCACUGGCAGACCCACACUACCCACUCGCCCACCUACACUACCCACUCGUACACGGCCUACACGACCCACUGGCAGACCCACACUACCCACUCGCCCACCUACACGAACCACCCGCAGGACUACCCGCAGGACCACUCGCAGGACCACUCGCAGGACCACUCGCAGAACCACCCGCAGGACCACUCGCAGGACCACCCGCAGGACCACUCGCAGGACCACUCGCAGGACCACUCGCAGGACUACUCGUAGAACCACUCCAAGAACUACUACUCCAAGGCCAACCCAGCCAUGGUCGCCAUGCAAGCCAUGUGGCCCUGGAGGUAGAGCUUGUCCUGGCUGCUCAGAGCAACCGAAGCUCUGCGAAGAGUUGUUGGCCCAAAUCAAGGAACUCGAGGACCUGAUCAGAGUUUGUGUCUGCGGUCAGAGCCGUUGGUUGGUCUAAGAUGAAAAUUGAAGGAAUUACGACACGAACACUUGACAAACGCGCACGAUUUUGUUAAUUAAUUGGUACAAUUUUGUUUAUUUAAUAAAAAUUAGAUAUUGUUGCAUAUUAA